CAGGCCAUACACCACAGAGUACAGUUUGUAUACAAUACAGCGGCAGCGUCCCGAGCGCAGUGAGAUGUGGGACUCGUCGACGUUCCUGGGUGCGCUGACUCCCAAGUUCUACGUAGCCCUGACGGGCACCUCGUCGCUCAUCUCCGGACUGAUUCUCAUCUUUGAGUGGUGGUACUUCCGCAAGUAUGGCACUUCAUUCAUCGAACAGGUGUCGCUGGCGCAGCUGGGCCCGUGGCUGGGCGGCGGCGCGGCGGGCGCGGAGCCGGCCGGCGACUGCAAGGUGUGGCGCAACCCCAUGGCGCUGCUGCGCGGCGCCGAGUACGGGCGCCUGUGGAGCGCGGCGCGGCGCGCGCCGCUCACGUACUACGACAUGAACCUGUCCGCGCAGGAGCACCAGGCGUGGUUCGGCGCGGGCGCCGGCGCCAGCGGGGCGGACGAGGCGCUGGCGCGCGCGUGGCGCGAGCGCGAGCCGGCGGCGCGAGUGGCGGGCGCGCGCGCGGCGCUGGCGCUGCGGCCCGACUGCGCCGCCGCGCUGCUGCUGCUGGCGGAGGAGGAGGCGGGCACCGUGGCCGAGGCGGAGCGCGUGCUGCGGCGCGCCUGGCGCCUCGGCGACGCGGCGUGGCGCGCGGCGGCGGCGGCGGGCGCGGCGGCCGCGGCGCGGCGCGAGGCGGCCGUGCUGGCGCACGUCAAGCGCCGCGCCGCCAUGUGCGCGCGCCGCCUGGGCCGCCUGCGCGACGCCGCGCGCCUGUUCCGCGAGCUGGCGCGCGACGCGCCGCCCGCGCUGGCGCCGCUGGCGCUGCACGAGAACCUGCUGGAGGUGCUGCUGGAGCAGCGCGCCUACGCCGACGCGCACGCGCUGCUGGCGCGCCUGGACGACGCGCCCGCGCCGCGCUCCGCCGCGCUGGCCUACUCCGCCGCGCUGCUGCGCGCGCGCGCCGCCGCGCCCGGCCACGCGCCCGCGCUGCGCGCGCUGCGCCGCGCCAUCGCCUACAACCCGCACGUGCCCGAGUACCUGCUGGAGCUGCGCCCGCUCACGCUGCCGCCCGAGCACGUGCUGCGCCGCGGCGACAGCGAGGCCGUGGCCUACGCCUUCUGGCACCUGCGCCACUGGCGCGCGGCCGACGGCGCGCUCAGGCUGCUGGGCGCGGCGUGGGCGGCGGCCGAGCGCGCGGGCGGGCGCGCGGGCGGGCGCGGCGCGUGCGCGCAGUGCGCGGACCGCGAGCUGCUGCCGCCGCACCACGCGCUGUCGGUGUUCCCGCGCCGCGCCGCGCCCGCGCUGCUGCCGCUGGGCGCCGCGCUGUGCGCCGCGGCCGCGCUGCUGGCGCUGCUGGCGCACCGCUGGCCCGCCGCCGCCGCCGCGGCCGCCGCGCGCGCCGCGCACGCGCUGGACCCGCGGCGCCUGCUGCCGCUGCUGGCGGCGCUGUAG